AUUUUGUAAUAUUAGGACUUUUAUCGUGAACGGCUGUAAUUAUUGUUUAUUUAUUUUAUAUCUUAGAAAGACAAUACGUAUAUUUUUUUUCUCAAUUCAGUGUAACCCUGUUCAAACAAUUUGAGAUCAAAAUGGCAAGACUAAGGUUAGUUGAAUAUUUGGAGUAUCUUGGGGGCACAAAUACUUCUAGAAGUGUCUGUGAAGGCGAAGAAGUAUUAAAUGCUGGUCAUGUAAUUUUAUGUGGAAAAUCGAAUUCUUCCACUUCCGAUAAAAUUCUGAUAUACGCUUUGUGUCUUCAAACUAGUGCACUUACUUCAGAUCCACAUAAAAUUCGAGGAGAACUACUUCAAUGUAAUUCAGAGAAAGGCACCAUCAAAAUCAAGAGCAUGUUUUGUUCCUGCAAAGCUGGAGCUAGUGGUAGAUGUAAGCACAUAUCUGCUGUUUUGCUCAACUGUACAAGGGUAAAUCUUGAAGAAUUGGAAGUAAUUUCCCAAACUGAUGUGAAAUGUGUUUGGUCAACACAGAAACAUGUGACACAAGAAAAAUACAAACCUGUUCCCAUAAAAGAUAUGCCAUGUUUCAAAAAUAAAAUUGAACAGUGUCGCUUAGAAUUGGAUACCAAUAAAUUGCAUAAUUUUUUCAUGGGCCAGUUACCUCAAUCUGCACUUUCUAAACAUAAUAUCGGAAGAAGAGAAGUUGCUGACAUAAUUGUGGACAAAAAAGUAGGAUCUGACAUAAAUAAUUAUUAUAUCCAAGCAAUUUUGGACAAUGCUUGUCAGUCUAUAGCAAUGUUAGAAGCUUCCAUCAUUUCAAUAUGUAAUGAAAAUGAUUGUUGUAAAGUGUUGUUUUCAAAACUUUUUAAUAUGACUUCUGAUACCAUCAUCAAUAUAAAUCAACAAUCCAAAGAGUGGCAUGAACAGAGAAAAUACCGAGUAACAGGUUCCCGAAUAUAUGAAUUAUAUACAUAUUCGAAAUCUGAGUGGGACAACAAAGCCACAAGAUACUUUUAUAGUAAAGGCUUCAGUAAUAAGUUUACCAAACAUGGUGUGAAAUACGAGGGUGAUGCUAAAGAUGCCUUUGUUUCUCAAACAUCCCUCCAAGUUGUGGAUUGUGGAAUGAUUGUUUCACAUUCUAAUCCUUGGCUUGGCUAUUCUCCAGAUGGUGUGAUCUUUGAGAACAACAGACCUGUUGCCCUACUUGAAGUGAAAUGUUUAUAUCAAGGGGCUACUAAGAACAUCAAGGAAGUGCUGUCUACAACAAAAUUUAUAGAGAAAAUAGGUAACACAUAUGUUUUAAAAAGAAAUCAUAAAUAUUAUGGACAAGUUCAACUAGGUAUGGCAUUACUGAACGUUCCUACCUGUUACUUUGGUUUAUAUGCUUCUUUUGAUAAAAGUAUGGAAAUAUUUAAAAUAGAAUUUAAUUAUACUUUCUCAAAACAAAUGCUCACAGUGGUAAAGAAAAAUUUUUUUGAAAAUAUGUUACAUGUUGUUUGUAAAUCUAAUAAACUAUAGUUAGGCUGAAAGAUUUUUUUAUUACCAUUCCACAUUACCCUUUAAAUUUAUACAGUUGCAACAAAGGAUAUCAAAUAUUUUAUUUUUAGGAAAACAAUAAAGUCACAUAUCCACAAUUGUUUGUUAAUUAAUAAUCAAACUGGAUUUAUACAAGCUCUUAUUGAAUAAUUCAAAUAUAUUUGUAUAAAAAUGAUAAUAUUCAAAGGCAAAUGUUUACCAUCAUUCC